AUGAACCAUAUACGCCACCCAAUGUUCCUUCGCCAAAGCAGGCUAGUUUUCUGGGCUACCAGCCGCUCACUCGGUGGCACCACUUGCCUUCGAGCCUGCCAUACAAAGAAAAACAAGCAGCCAAAAAGCUCCGAGCGCGAAAAUCGAACGUGUCAGAACCAGGACUCUACGACACGCUCUUCAGCCCGACCCCUUUCCGCACUCCAACUCCCCUUUUGGACUUGUAGAUCCACCUGGAGACGAGCAGGUAUCAACACCCUCCGCUGUCUGGUCGGCUGUACAGCUGGCGACUUUUCCGCACUAUGGAUUCUUCAAACCUACUGCCCUGAACUGGGCAUGGGCAGCAUCAUGGCCAUGUCUAUGGCGUCUGGUAUCACAACUUCAAUAAUCCUUGAGACGAUCCUGCUUCGUCGCGGAGCUGACCAGCUCUCUUGGUCGAGGGCUGCUCGAACCGCCAUGGGAAUGAGUAUGGUUUCAAUGCUAGCUAUGGAACUAGCAGAGAAUGCGGUCGACUAUCAUCUCACAGGCGGCAUAGUUUCAUUCGGAGAUCCACAGUUUUGGCUAGCAGCUGUCGUCUCCAUGGGUGCUGGAUAUUUGGCACCACUGCCGUAUAACUACCUACGGCUGCGGAAGUAUGGGAAAGCGUGUCAUUAA